AAGCUGUGCUUGGCGCCUGCUCCCGCAGCCGCCGGCUGGGCCGGGCCUGCGUCUCCUGCUGCUAUUCCAUUACCUGGACUGGGCCUUCUGGCCUUGAAGCUAGCAGGAACAGGGCAGAGCUUCACUGCCCAUGUGUGUCAUCUGCUUUGUGAAGGCACUAGUGCACGUGUUCAAGAUCUACUUGACAGCAAACUACACUUACAAUUUCCGCGGCUGGCCGGUGGACUUCCGCUGGGAUGACGUGCAUGCCUCAGGCGCUGGCAGCAGUCAUCGAGCCUUGACAUGUGCUGCAGCUGCAGCAGGUGUGUGGCUGCUACAUGAUGCAGCACUGGGCGCGGACACACUCACAAGGCCUCCACGUGGGGCUCGGAGCCAAGCACAGUGCCUCCUCCAGCAGAUCCGUGAGCUGCCGAGCCAACUUGCCAGCUAUGCGCUGGCCCACUCACUGGGCCGCUGGCUUGUAUACCCUGGGUCUAUGUUUUUGAUGACACGAGCGCUAUUGCCUCUACUGCAGCAGGGCCAAGAGCGCCUAGUGGAGCGCUACCGUGGGCGGCGUGCCAAGUUGGUGGCUUGCGAUGGUAAUGAGAUUGACACGAUGUUCAUGGAUCGUCGCAAGCAUCCAGGCAGCCAUGGCCGUGGCCUGCGAUUGGUUAUAUGUUGUGAAGGCAAUGCUGGCUUCUAUGAGAUGGGCUGUCUGUCCGCACCUCUGGAGGCUGGAUACUCAGUGUUAGGUUGGAACCACCCUGGUUUCGGGGGCAGCACAGGUGCACCUUUUCCGCAACAUGAUGCAAAUGCAAUGGAUGUGGUCGUCAAGUAUGCACUGCACCGCCUGAACUUCCCGCCAGCACAUGUCGUGGUUUAUGGCUGGUCUAUUGGAGGCUUCACAGCCACUUGGGCCGCUAUGACUUACCCAGAACUAGGUGCAUUGGUGUUGGAUGCCACCUUUGAUGAUCUGGUGCCCCUAGCGCUGAAGGUCAUGCCCCACAGUUGGAAGGGGCUGGUGGUACGCACUGUACGGGAGCACUUCAAUCUCAAUGUUGCUGAGCAGUUAUGUUGCUACCCAGGCCCAGUUCUGUUGCUCAGACGCACCCAGGAUGAUGUUGUCAGCACCUCGAACCAUAUAUCUACUCUGCCAUCCUGUCCAGUGGAGGGCGAUGUGGAAGGUAACCGCGGCAAUGAGCUGCUGUUGCGCCUGCUACAGCACCGAUACCCGUCAGUGAUGGCCCGCGAGGGCCGCACGGUGGUAACCCGUUGGCUGCGCAUCAGCAACUUGGCUCAAGAAGCUGCAUUCUAUGCGCGCUACCGCGUUGAUGAGGAGUGGUGCUUGGCAAUGCUGCAUUCUUAUCGUGAGCGCCGCCAGGAGGAGAUGGAUGAUGCUGAGGCCUGGGGGCCACACGGACCUACUUUCCCCUGGCUUGUGGGCCAAGGCCUGAGUGCCCGGAGGCGCCGGCAGCUUGCACUGUUCCUAGCGCGCAAGCACCUCAAAAACUUGGAGGCAACACACUGCAGCCCACUGGAGCCUGAGGACUUCCAAUUGCCCUGGGGAUUGUAGCUAUUGUUUAUGUGACUGACGAAUUUGGGCAAUUUACACCUUUCAACUCCCAUCAACUGUUCCUCUCCUUACACCCUACAGAAAAACUGGCCCUACUGGGAUUUUGGUGUCUGAGAGAGUGGGCAAGUAUAUCUUGGACUGUACUUGUGUUCACUUUUUUUUUCUGUUCUCGGCCACUUCUCUCCUUUCUCUUCCUCCCACACAUAUGAAUGCCUGUGUCUAGUUCUUGAAGGAAUGUAAAGGUGAAACCUGACCCAA